UUUGUAGGACGCCAUUUCUGUAUCCAUUCAAGAUAGGCUGUUUAAGAUUUGUGCGACCAUCAUGAGCUUCGAUGGAAGUAAAGGCCCGCCCCAAAUUGAGGGAAUGACUAGCUUAAAAGUCGAUAACCUUACUUAUCGCACUACCGUAGGAGAUUUGACGCACGUUUUUUCAAAAUACGGCGAUCUUGGCGACGUUUACAUCCCGCGUGACCGCUACAAACAAGAAUCCAGAGGGUUUGCUUUCGUACGAUUCUACGAGAAGCGAGAUGCGGAAGAUGCAAUGGAUGCCUUGCACGGAACUAUCAUCGAUGGAAGAGAAAUCCGUGUGCAGAUGGCAAAGUAUGGCAGACCAUCAGAUCCUUAUAAACCUCGAAAUAAUCGUUACAGGCAAUCAUCGUCCUACAGCAGCUCGAGGUAUCGAUCCCGUUCUCGUUCUCCACGACGAAGGGCACGCCGAUCACGUUCCAGAUCUCCACGGCGUCGUUCGAAGUCUCGCUCCCGUUCACCACGCAAAGCUCGUUACAGUGGCUCGCAGUCACCAAGAAAACAGGAGAGCCGUUCUCGCUCCAGAAGUCCUCGGCGUAAGCGAUCCCACUCAAGGUCCCGUUCAAAAUCUGGUUCAAGACCCAGACAGUCUCGUUCCAAGUCCCGUUCUCGGUCCAAAUCCCAUUCGAGAUCACCCCAGAACAAAACAUCAAGGUCUCCUUCUAGGUCUCCUAAACAGAGAAGAUCUGUGACUCCAGAUCGCACCGCACAAGAUCAUGAUGACAACAUUGACGCUUCUGCAGAGCAACAACAAGAAAGUGCUGACAACGAACGAAGAGAAAACAAUGCUUAUGAUUAAACAAUCCAAGCUUUCUUUAGACUUACUUAAACCAUUUAUAGUAAUCAGUUCUUUUAAGUAUUCUCUUCCAGGCUUUGUUGCUGUUGUGGAGAUGGGGAGUAAACUUUUGUUGCAGAGCAAGGAGGGAAUGGAUUGGGCAUUCUUCUAUUUUAGGUAGAGAUACCAAAGUUAUAGUGUGCUUUUGAUAUCACGCACUAGUUAGCUUAUUAGAGAAAAGCAAGUUUUAUGGAUGUGAUGUCACCACCUCCAAUUACCGUAUUAGUGCAGAAAUACAGGCUGCUCUUGUAGUAGAGUGAUUAAUGCCAACACAGACCCAUGAAACCUGGAGGACACUAUGUUUGAAACCUCCCCUGUCCACGCUCAUGGAUACUUUUGUUUGCAAUGUAUGACCAAACUUGAAUUUUAUUUUUAUUUUUUGCUUGCCUUACUGUGUAUAUUGAACAGUUACUACUCAACAAUUAAGAAUUAGUUUCUUCAUUUCCAUUUGGUUCAUACAUAGAGGAGAGAAAUUUGUUUUAGAUUUUGUUAGAUGCUCUCGUGAGUUGCCAGAGCUUCUCUAGACUCAAGAAGCUAGAUAUAUACAUUUGAGUUGAACAACAGUAAAACAAACAAGAACAGCUGUUACACACUUUAAACUUUGACAAAAAGUUGAGUUCCCUACAAGAAUAUGUUAGGGUGCAAUUGAAACAAGAAUCUCAACAUUGUGUUGAUUAGCAAAGAUACAUUAUCUCCGUGUAAAAAUUAGGCUCUGCUUUCAAAGACCUGCAAAAGAGUUAGUUUUUUCUCUUAGGGUAAUGUAAUGAACUUGUUUAUUGAAGGGCCUGAAAAGAAUGAGGCAAGAGUUGUGUAAAACACUAAACUCUCGAGAGUUACAGGAGAUGUGUUCGUAGACAGUAGUGUGAUUUCCAAGUUUUUUUAAUCUCACAUGAAUUGGUAUUUUGGCCCUCAAAAUUAAGGAUUUGUAGGGAUUGGCCUUGUGAUCAACUUCAAAUAAUUCUCAAUGGCAGUAGCUUGUUUGAUUCGUUGGAGUGUUUUGUAAUCCUACUAUAUUCAGUCAAAUUUGUAAUCUAGUUUGGUCUUUGGGAAGGGCCAGUUUGACCUUGUAUAUCAGCAUUUUUAUCCGCUUUCCUUGAUAUGCAUUUUUUCAUUGAAUGAGUGGUUUGAACUUUCUGUCGUUUUUAUUGAUAACCUAUUUCUCGUGAUGACUGGAAGAAAAAAAUUUAAAUGUUAUCCAGUCUCAAAAAAUUAUGUUCAUAGUACACUCUUGUGAAUGAGUCUUUGAUUUAAGUUAAUUUUUUAGUGUAAAAAAACUGUGAAGUAACUUAGGGCCUCUUCAUCUAAGUGUAGCAGUCAAGCUGAUCGAUUUUAAGGAAAAAUACUGUUGAACUUUUGUAUUUCAAAUUUCACCUUGGUUACUAAGGUGAGAACUCGUGCCUGGCAUGGUUCAUUUUAGAAAUUUCAGCUCAGUUGCUGAGAUAAACAAGGUGCAACCUUUUAGGUGUUACCUUGGUAACCAGAGUGGUUAUGUAGAAUUCCCAUCUUAGGAACUAAGACCUUGAUAACUGGUUUAGCCUGCCUUUGCUCUGAACUAUAGAAAAUUUUCCAAGGAAAGGGGGAAGAUCUUAUAGGCUGUGUGAGCCUGUUUGAUCGGGCUUAUUUGAAGAGGCUACAGAGAGUAAAGUAAUUAGCGAGUUAUAAUUAAUUUUUUUUUUGUGUAGUCAAUUUGAUGUUAAAACUAUCAUAUCAACC